AUGAGCACCUUCGCCUUGGAAGAGACCUUGGAGGCGGACUGGGUGGCCGUGAGGCCUCACGCCUUCCACGAGCGGGAGAAGCAGAAGUUUGCCUUUAUCGUGGCCUGGAAUGAGAUCGAGAGCAAGUUCGCCAUCACCUGCCAUAACCGGACGGCGCAGAGGCAGCGCAGCGGCUCCCGGGAGUUCCGCCGCACUGGCGCGGUGGGCCCCGGGGCGCCCGAACAGCUAAGCGCCUCCUGUAAAACGGCCGGCAGCCCCACUAUACGAAAAUCCCCGGCCCGACGCGCCGCGGAGCCCAUCCAAGCCAGGAGCUCGCCGGCAUCGCCUGCCCGGGCCGAGUCGCUUCCGCGCAGCCCGGGCAGCCGAGCGGUUGAGGCGUCGCAGAGGAGCCCGGCGAGGACCAAGAGCAGCCUGGCCCGGAGGCCUCAGCCCGCUCCGAAGGCGCCGCUCAGCCCAGCGGCCUGCGCGGCCGAAGAUCUGGAGGAGCUGGAGCUGGGCAAGGACGAGCAUUCGGAAGGUGCCGUCGCUGCCGCCUUUCUCCUCCCUUCUCCCGCCGGGCCUCAAGCGACCGAGUCGCCCACCGCGGCCUCCGCCGAGGUGGAAGCGCUGUCUGGAGAGGAAUGUAGCUGGGCCGGCCUCUUCUCUUUCCAGGAUCUGCGGGCCGUCCAUCAACAGCUGAGCUCGGUGAACUCCGAGCUGGAGCCCUGUUUGCCCGUCCUUCCCGAAGAACCGUCGGGGAUGUGGACGGUGCUCUUUGGGAUUCCAGAGCUCUCGGAGGAAGAGAUGGAUGAGCUGUGUUACCAGCUGCAGGUAUACCUGGGCCACUGCCUCGAUACUUGCGGCUGGAAGAUCCUCUCGCAGGUACUCUUUACCGAAACCGAUGACCCGGAGGAAUAUUACGAGAGUCUGAGCGAGCUUCGGCAGAAGGGCUAUGAGGAGGUUUUGCAAAGGGCCCGUAAGCGCAUUCAGGAGCUUCUGGAAAAACACAAGAAUACAGAAAGCAUGGUGGAGUUGCUGGAAUUAUAUCAAAUGGAAGAUGAUGCAUAUGGUAGCCUUGCUGAAGCCACCACAGAACUCUAUCAAUAUUUACUGCAGCCAUUCCGAGAUAUGAGGGAACUUGCUAUGCUCAGAAGACAGCAAAUAAAGAUUUCCAUAGAAAAUGAUUACCUAGGACCUAGAAGAAUUGAAAGUCUUCAAAAAGAAGAUGCAGACUGGCAACGGAAGGCUCAUAUGGCUGUAUUAUCCAUACAGGACCUUACAGUAAAGUACUUUGAAAUAACAGCAAAAGCACAAAAAGCUGUAUAUGAUCGUAUGCGAGCAGACCAGAAAAAGUUUGGUAAGGCAGCUUGGGCAGCAGCAGUGGAACGAAUGGAAAAACUUCAGUAUGCAGUGUCUAAAGAUACUUUGCAAUUGAUGAGAGCAAAAGAAAUAUGUUUAGAACAGAAGAAACAUGCAUUAAAAGAAGAGAUGCAGAGCUUGCAAGGGGGCACAGAAGCUAUAGCUCAUUUGGAUGAACUUGAAGCUGAUUACUAUGAUCUGCAACUUCAAUUGUAUGAAGUGCAGUUCGAAAUUCUGAAGUGUGAAGAACUAUUUUUGACAGCACAACUUGAAAGCAUUAAAAGACUUAUUUCAGAAAAAAGAGAUGAAGUAGUAUAUUAUGAUACUUAUGAAAGUAUGGAAGCCAUGCUUGAAAAAGAAGAUAUGGCAGCAUCCAUACAUUUGCAAAGAGAAGAGUUGCAGAAAUUACAACAGAAAGUCCGUCAACUAGAAGCAAGGCGUGGUCGCAUUUCUGCCAAAAAAGCCUACCUCAAAAAUAAAAAGGAAAUCUGCAUUACAAAGCAUAAUGAAAAAUUCUCACAACAUUCUCAGACUGAGGGAGAGUCAGAAAAUGCUGCAAAGUUUAAAAGAGAGCGGUUGCAAGAUGAGGUAGAAAGAAAAAACUCAUGGGUUAGUCAAGAACGACAGAAAACAUUGGACAGACUUCGAACAUUUAAACAGCGCUAUCCUGGGCAAGUAAUUCUUAAAUCAACUAGACUUCGGCUGACUCACGCAAGAAGAAAAAGUACAGCCACUUCAACAUCUUGUCUAGAACAUCCACCAUCUUCACCAGUAACUACACAGACAGAUAAUAUGGAGCAAGAAAAAGCAAUCCAGCCUUUACAAAAACAGGAGUCUACAAGUUUAGGACAAUUUGAAGAUAUUUUUCUAUCUCCCAGUAGUGUUACGUCUGAAUUUUCUCAAACUGAUUCUCUUCCAGCUCUCAUUAGUAAUGAAUUUCAUUCCAAAACAAUUAGUGAGGCACCAUUUCCUCCUCCUCUACCACCACCACCACCACCACCACCACCACCUCUGCCCACCAAGGAAGAAUCUACUCAGUGUUCUGAAAAAAGCACUAGUCCUGUUAAACAAAGCAAUACAGAGAAGCCAGCUCCGUUGCUCACUAUUGCACCAUCAGCUCAUUUUUUUGAUAGCAGUGAAUUAGUCAGUGCCAAGAAAAAAUUGAAGAAAACUGGUGAUAUAGAAGGAUUGCAAAGAAGAAGAGUGAGUUCACCAAUGGAUGAAGUUUUGGCUUCCCUGAAACGUGGCAGCUUCCACCUGAGGAAGGUUGAACAGAGAAAUCUACCCCCAUUUCCCGAUGAAGAUGACAGCAAUAACAUCCUGGCACAGAUAAGAAAAGGCGUGAAACUGAAGAAGGUUCAAAAGGACAUUAUGAAAGAAUCAUUCACAAUUUUACCUGAUGAUGAUCCUUUAACUCGCAGCAUCCAUGAAGCACUACGACGGAUUAAAGAGGCAUCACCAGAGUCUGAAGAUGAGGAAGAGAAUCUACCAUGCACAGACUGGGAGAAUUAAGGGUCUGAGGAUUCCAAUGAAUAAGAUAUUUCUUUCACUUCUGAACAUUCAUAAUCAACAGUUUGAUCAUCACUUUAGGAGAAUUUUACUCUGAGAAAAUAUUUGAUAUGUGCAUGAAUACAUUUUUUAAAUUCAUAGUAGAAGAUUUCAGUUGGACCAAAAGCUGCAUUAUUUAAGUGCACAUUUUGCAUAAUUCUGAGAAGAACCUUUCAAAAUAUUUUCUGAUUCUUCACUUACUUUUUACAUACAGUAUGUGUGAAACAUGUCAGCAGCUUUUGCAGCCAAGCUUCUUCCCAGCAUAAUUUACUAGAACAAGUAUGAAGUCUGACUCCAUUGAAGAUAUCAGUGUUUAAGAAAAAGUACUGCUACAUUGACAUAAAUUUCUUGUUACACCAACGGGAAUUCAUUUCACAUAGGAGGUAGAUUUGAAAGGAAAAUGCAUUUUAACUACUAAUAAUUCAAACUACAAUUUAGUUUGAAAGUGAGAAAUGUUUAAUGGAAAAUACUCUUAAGAAUGAAAUUCAUGUAUUUAAAAAUUUGUUUACAGUCCUAAUGCAUUAUAAAACAAUAUAUAGCAAAACUCUUAGAAGGCCAUGGAUACUGUAAACACCUUAUAUUUUUAAAUUAGUGUUUGUUUGUUCUCUUACAGUAACUUUUUAAUUGCAGGGCUGAGUUAUAAUAAAGUUAUACAUUUUAUUUAUAGAAGCAAUAUUUUAUAAUGAGAACACUUAAAAUUAUUUUUAUCUAUUUGUUUGACUGUUCUUUGAUUACUCUAAGAAACUUUUAUUUAAGGAGAAUGCAAAAUUGAAAUGAGAUUUUACUUCUAAGUUGUAAAAUUAUAACCAUUUUCAUCCACCUUCCAUUUUCAUUAUUCCCAUUCAUUGUUACAAAUAUAU